AUGACGGGGUCAGAGGCAGCGGGUUCAGGUAAUCUCGUCGUUGGUUGUUGUGUGAUUUCUGGCAAGUCUUGUUGCGUGCUUUUUUAUUCUGGAGUGACACAAUCUUUUGUGUCGGAGUCUUCUAUGCGGGAGUUGGGUCUUGUAUGCAGGAGUUGGCUCUGCCAGUGUAUGAACUACAGUUCGAUCUCGUGGGCUAGAUGUGAUCUUGGGAAUGGAUUGGCUCUCCGCCAAUCGCGUUCUCAUAGACUGUCAAGAGAAGAACCUGAGUUGUUGUCUUCCCAUGGGGUUAUGAAGGAAAUCCAGGACAGCGCACAAUGUUAUAUAAUAUUUGACAUGAUGGAGGUUGAGAAGGAAGAAAGAAUAACGGUGAUACCUGUGGUCCGAGAAUUUGAGGAUGUGUUCCCCGAAGAGGUGUCAGGUUUACCCCCUAGGAGAGAAGUCGAGUUCUCCAUAGACUUGGUACUAGGAGCUGGUCUUGUGUCGAUAGCUCCUUACCGCAUGGCCCAGCGGAGUUGGUGGAGUUAA